AAACACAAAGCUACGCUGAUGGGUGGCGAUAAUUCUAAGCUAGGCUACCGGAAUGCAGUUAUACAACUCACUACAAAAACCCAACCUGUUGAUUCUAACGAUGAUAACUUUUGGGACCAGUUUUGGGCUGAAUAUCCAAUGUCUAUCCAAGAUAUAUUUGCUCUCAUCCCUGCAGCCGAAAUCCGAGCUUUAAGAACAGAAGCGCCAAACAAUCUAGCUACUUUAUGCUAUAAAGCCAUUGAGCGUAUCGCACAGGUGUCUGAGUCUGCUUCACCGACCACCAAAGACCAACUUACAGUUCUCAAUUGCAUCCGGUUGUUAACUAGAUUAUUGCCAUACAUAUUUGAAGACGUAGAAUGGCGCUCGUUUUUCUGGUCACCUCUCCCAGUCGAUCCCUCUGUAUCCCGAGAACAGGUUGAAUUUGUUCCACUUGCUCAAAGUUUACUAUCAGCACUAUGCGAUCUGCUAUUCUGUCCAGAUUUUACCGUACAUUCAAUUUCCAAAUCUGGCCCUGAAAGCCCAGAAGAUAUGCAUUCUAUUGACAGUUGUGAGUAUAUCUGGCAGUCUGGUGUGGGAUUUGCACAAGCCCCUGCAAUAAAUGCCAUUCAUGAUUCUAACCGGACAGAAAUCCUCAAACUUAUUUUGACUUGUUUUUCUGAGACUAUGUAUUUGGAACAAGAGGAAGCUCACCGCUCUGAAAAUAGAUGGGUUAAAUUUUUCACAAGUACGGUGAAUCGUCACGCACUGCCAUUAUUUGCUUCUCUGUUAAACGUUGUUUGUGCAUAUGAUCCUGUUGGUUUAGGUGUGCCGUACAAUCACCUUAUGUUUUCUGAUUCCCGUGAACCUUUAGUUGAAGUAGCUUUACAGAUCCUGUGCAUAACAUUAGAACCUGAUCACAUGAUAUCAAGCCCUACGUAUUCGAAUGCAUCAUUUCGUGAUUUAAAUUCUUCUCACAGCCAUUCUUGUUCAGAUGUUGAUGAACAGUUAAGUUUAAAUGGUACUGGGAUGACUAGUCGAAAUAGUGGGAAUGGAGAUGCAUGGAAUAGUGAGAUGAAUCUGUUCGUAAAUUACAUGUCUCGUAUACACAGAGAUGAGGAUUUUGCAUUUAUUCUCUCUGGAAUAACUCGUUUAUUAAAUAAUCCAUUAGUACAAACAUAUCUUCCUGGAUCUAGCAAAAAAGUUCAAAUGCAUCAAGAACUUUUAGUGUUAUUUUGGCGAAUAUGCGAAUGCAAUAAAAAAUUUAUGUAUUAUGUGUUAAAAUCAAGUCAAGUAUUAGAUUUACUUGUACCUAUACUCUAUCAUCUUAAUAAUUCACGUAAUGAUCAAUCUCGUAUAGGACUAAUACAUGUCGGUGUAUUCAUCUUAUUAUUACUUAGCGGUGAAAGAAAUUUUGGUGUACGUUUAAAUAAACCUUAUCGUCAUCGUUCCUUGCUAGAUGUACCAGUAUUUACAGGAACACAUGCUGAUUUAUUAAUCAUAGUCUCUCAUAGAUUAAUUACAAGCGGACAUAAUCGUCUAAAUCCUUUAUUCGAUUGUUUACUAACAAUCAUAGCUAAUGUUUCACCUUACUUGAAAAGUUUAUCAAUGGUAUCAUCAAACAAAAUAUUGCAUUUAUUGGAUGCAUUCAGUCAACCAUGGUUUUUGUACAGUAAUCCGUCAAAUCAUCAGUUGGUAUUUCUGUUAUUAGAAGUAUUCAAUAAUAUUAUUCAGUAUCAAUUUGAUGGUAACAGCAAUUUAGUAUAUACUAUAAUUAGGAAACGUCAAAUAUUCUAUCGGCUAGCUAAUUUACCCACUGAUCAACCUACUAUUAAUAGUAUAAUUAAUAAACAAAUGAAAUCUCAAUGCAGUGGUCAUAUUACAAUGGAAUCUACUACUACAGUUCCUACUAGUACUUCAUCUCUAGCAUCUAGCAACAGUGGUGGGAUUAAAAAAUCUGUUGAUACUUCUGUUUGUAAACCUUUACCAAUAUCGGAAAUAUCAAAAUCGUCGUCCACUUCCACUUGUUUAUCCGGUGAAUCAUCCGUUUAUCAUAAUAACGAUAAUGAUAAUGUUGAUAGUAGUAAUGUUGACAAUUCAAGUCUUGUCGAGUCCAUGGAUCAAGUAUCUUCUCGGUUAAAUGAAAUAAAGGUGGUUGGUAAACCUAGUGAUUCGAUUCAAGCCAGUCUAGCAGAUGUUCCUCCAUUACAUAAAAUGACAGGUAAACGUUUAGGCAAUGCUACUCAAUUAGAUGAACGUUUCUCAAAUUACCAUGCAGAAAUUGAGAAUAAUUUAAUAUCACAUUCUUCACCUAGUCAGCGUACUCCAGUGGAUAGUACUAAUAAUAAUAAUAACGAUGAAUCUGAUAGAGAUUUAACAAUACAUAAUGUUCAAGAAUACCCAAUAAAUAGAUCUGGAAUAUCAGAGAGUUCUCUGACAAGUACAAAUCAGACGAAAGAAACACAAAACAGUUCACUAUUAACUUCUGAUGCACAAUCUUUUCAUUCCAUUGAAACAAUCACAUGUAAACAAAGUAAUACAUCUCAUUCAAUGAAUGAUAAUAACGACAAACUACAAAAAUUAAAUGAAAUAAAUUCAUCAACUUGGGAACCAACAUCAGAAUGGGUUCAUAGUUGGAAAUUAAAGAUGCCUUUUCAAACAAUUAUGCGUUUAUUACAAGUAUUAGUGCCUCAAGUUGAAAAAAUCUGUAUUGAUAAGUAAGUUCUAUUACUGUUACAACUUGUCAUUAGAUUAAGGUUUUUUUAAUAUCUAAUGGUAAAAUAUGGUCAGUUAUAAGUAGUGUAGAAAUUUGCUUGUAUGUAGAUCGAUCCAAGUUUCCUUUUCAUGUAACUCAAGGUGACUUGGCAAUGCCAUGUUCGUCAGAGCCAUCCGUUUUCUUCAUUUUUAUCUAACUCUGUCAUAUAAAUUCUUUAAGAGAUAACGUUCUCUUCGUUUGACUUUUCAAGAGAUUGAUUUCUUGACUUAGAAUACGUAAAUGGUAUAGUUCUGUUUGGUGAAGAUGCUGACAAAAUCCAGAGUCUUCUGACCUCUAAGCAACAAUGCAAAUGUGUUCGGGAUAUAAUUCUCUCUUUUCAAAUGCAAAAUGUUGCUUCAGGACUGAUAAGCAUCAGUGUCUGAAUUAAUAACAGGGAGUGAAUUAGUUGAGAACACUGAUCAUAUCGCUUAUCUUCGGUCCUGACGAAAUCUCGGCACUUAUUCAGAAAUUUCUAUUGGCUUUUUUCAACCAAAGAACUAGUUUGCUGCUCAGCACUUCGCUCUAUUCCAUUUUAUGACUGUGAAGCGUUACCUUUAAGAAUACAGUAUAUUUGUGGACUACUUGUAUUCGACCAUAUGUAUCUUUGAAACAUCGCUCGUGUAUUUCGGGACCACUAACUAAGCGAUGUCGAAGUUAGGCAAAGGGUGUUAUUCAACUUUGGAAAUUGGGUUGAUGAUGUAGCAAAUCUUCAACUGAGCUGCUUGGAACAUGUGUUACAUAUGCCUAACCACCAUCUACCUCGACAAGCGAUGUCGUCUAGCGUAGGAGUGGAUUAGAAAACAACUGAUGUUGGCCAAACCAAGAUGUGUAACCAGUUCAUGAAGUCAUUAACAAUGGGACUGAGUCAUGUAAAUAGGUGUAGACUACCUGAUAAGGAUGUGCGAAAACCACAAUGUGUUAGCUCCGUACUUUAGAACAGUUACCGUGGGAGACGAAAAGUUAUGAGGGAAGUCGCUGACCUUGUCUAACCCCCUUCCGCUUUGAAGCGGUAACACCGCUACAGAUGCUGAUUAUCAUUAUUGACGUCACAUCCUUAUACAAUCGGUUGAACAACUUUGCCGUCAGACUGCAAGACUGCUGCUUUAUUCUUAAGUAUCUGUCAAGUCUGAUACUUAAUAUAGUCUGAUGAAGAACACAGAAUAAACAUUUUAAAUAUUUAAUAAUUGAAUUCAUGAGUCAAAUAAAACUAAACUACCAUGGAAAACCUGUAAGUACUGGACUUUGAUUUGGACAGACAAUCAUUGUCACUAACUAUCAUCAUAGUUGAGCCUACGGUCAUGUAUGUGGACGUUUUAAAUCAAUUGUAGUAUUGAAUAUUUUAGAUGUAAUUCUAUUAUUGGGAAAUGCAGCUCGAUGAAAAAACAAGACACAAUAGCAUAAUGUGUUAAAAACAGUUGGGAAAACUGAUUACAAUACUUGGAAAAAAACUUAUAAGCCACAUCGAAUCACCACCAUAUCAUAUACAUUCGAGGCCUAUCGAUUUCGAGUGUCUGUUUACUCAUUUAUUUACUGGAUAGUAAGAGGCGUAAAAUAUCCUAUGUCUGGCGCUACUCGAAGUCGUUCGUCUAGAAUGGAAGUUCACUGAAAGUUAAGUGCUUUCGUAUUCUGCCCAUAUCAUAAUGAGUAAAGUAGAAUGAAGAGUGAUUUAAAAGAUAUAUAAAUCAGGUGGAUGAUUUCGGUGUUGUUUGAUUUUCUAAACAAUUUGGUUUAUUGGUGGAGAUGUUAUUGUCAUUCUGGACAACAAUGGCUUCGUCAUUCAACCAUUUAGUUCCGAAAACUCAACAAUAUCUAGAGAAUGGAGAGUUGUAUGCAUGGGAUGAUUAAUUGUGAUGACCAAGAAGUUUAGUUUCUCACUCCUCUCUCAAUGUACAAAACACAUUCCAUUUUGUUCCACGGUAAUGACUCAUUAAAGUAUGGAAACCUUUUGUUUCGUUAUUUUAGAGGAUUAACAGAUGAAACUGAGAUUGUUCGUUUCCUUCAAAAUGGUACUCUUGUUGGUUUGUUGCCGGUACCACAUCCAAUACUUAUCCGUAAAUAUCAGUCAAAUACUGGUACAACCAUAUGGUUUCGUAAUUAUAUAUGGGGUAUAAUAUAUUUAAGGAAUAUCACUCCACCUAUCUGGUAUGAAACCAAUGUUCGUCUAUUCGAAAUCCAUCGAAUUUAAUACUAUGUCCAUAAUAUAAUUAACUAAUUACCGAAUUGAAAAUAAGUAUUCAUUAAACAAAAAAACUUCUUUUUGCUAAUAGUCUAUGUUUACUUGUUUGUUUUCUCAUUUCAUUUCAUUA